AAGAAGAACCGACAAUGAGUCAUAUGUAUAUUUGUGAUUUGGCUGGAAAUGAACCAUCAACUGGUACAGGAAAACAAUUAGCUGAAACAUGUAAUAUAAAUACAUCAUUAAUGACAUUUAAAGAUUGUAUUCGAGUUUUAAAUGAAAAUCAAACAGCUAAAAAACAAAUGUUAUUACCUUAUCGAAAUAGUGUAUUAACAAGUAUAUUUCGACCAUUUUUUAUUGGUCGUGGACGAACAAUUAUUUGUUGUAAUGUUAAUCCAUGUGCAACAUUUAUUUCACAAACAAAUGAUUUAUUAAAAUUUAGUGCUCUUGCACAAAAAACGAUUAUAGUACCAGUAGAACCACCACAGAAAAAAGUUAUGGUAGAAUCAAAGAUUAAAGGUCCAAAACGAUUAGGUCAAGGAGUACGUGGUGUUGCUAUAGGAAAAAAGAAACAUCAUCAAACAGUUGAUAGUGAUGAUAUUGAAGAACAAUCAGCUAUAAUUGUCGAUGGAUCAGCCGUACCAACAGAUGUACAAUCUAUUCAUUAUUGGAAAUAUUGUACAAAAAAAGCUAUAGAUCUUUUACAAAAACAAGCAUCUAAUCGUCGAUUACAUUUCAUUGAACGACAGUAUGUUUUAAUUUUUUUCUAG